AUGGAUGACCUCAUCCGUUCCGAGACGGAGUGCAGGAAUCACAUCGUCGUGGUUGAAAAUAGCACGGCUCAGGCUCAGCUAUUUUACUUUCUUCGGCUAACAGGGGAUCUCAUUGGGGAGGUAAAACGGAGCCACUACAUCAACAUAUUGCACGCCGUGUUGAAAAGCCUCCCAACCCUGUGUUUGUAUGCACGUUUCCUUGAACGCAAAGAGGCAAUGUUGGCGGAAUCUGCUGGUGCGCUGCGCAGCAAGCGGGAUAUAGAGAGCUUGACGAAUAGCAUUGCGGACUUACUACCGACGCAGUGGGUGGCUCAUUCUGGAGAGAAGGCAAACCUGCCACCGAAUCUGAGGAAGGCAUGCGAUACAUUUCAUCAGGAGCAUGCCUUGUUUCGUGUCCAGCUGCUUGCUACGCUUGGCUUGAAGCUUGCUCGAGUACAGAAGGAGUUAGUUUUUGCGGUCCAUGCUGAGAGAAUUAGAAACUGUGCGCACCUAUUUGCCCUCUUUCCCCCUCGCACCCCUAUACAAGAGCGAGGUGGGACUCCGGAGCAGAAUUAUGGACUGGUCGUUAGCGAUGGUUGUUUGGUGCCGCAUGGCGGGUAG